CUUAUAGCUGGAGGUGCCCCUUCCAAAACAAAACAAAAGCAGCAUCUCCCGCUGCCCGAGGAUCAGGCCCUGCUUCCGUUUCCGCUGGGAUGGCGGGGGGGAAAAAAAAGGAAACUCGUUGGCCGAGAAGGCGCCAAGGCGGUUCCACGUUGGGGGGGGGUAGAGAAAGCCUUUUUUUGCCGCGUUGGUGUGCGUCCCUUUCGGUGGUCCCAUCAUCCGCUUUUGUAGCAGCGGCAUUCCUCCGCUUCCCUUGCUUCGGCUGACUUGCCUGUCCCCCGUCCCCCCUGCUUUUCUGUUCCGAGGUUUUCAUCCUGUUGCGUCCCCUGCUUGCUUGCCUUGUCAGCCGCCCGGGCUCGCCUCUCCCUUGUGGCUUUUUUUCUCCCGUCUCUUUUGAGUCCCCUCCUGGCUUCCUCUCUCCCCCGGAGCAAGGACCCAAUGUGGUUAACGUAACUGAAAAACAAUAUCUGAAGCUGAAAACAUUUUCUGUGAUUGAUCCAGAUACCUUUGUGCGAUGACAUCAAGGGGUAGAGGCCCUGGAAACACUCCUGGGCGAAAAAGACGGGAUGUUGCAGUAGUGACAACAGGGGACAAAAUGGCUGCAGACUGCAAGCAGAGACCCCAUGCAAAUGUGCAAGAGCAGUGUGAAAAGACAAAAGAAGGAAAGAAGAGACGGUCCAAAGGAACAGACGUCCCGGAUCAUGUUCGUGAAGAAGUGGAACGUUGCUAUCGGCUCAAGAUGCCUGAAGACUUUUAUGAUUUCUGGAAGUUUUGUGUGGAGCUGGAUUGUGAUAAACCGUGUGAUGCACUCAAAUCAAGCCUUGGUCUUCAGCUGGUUGGACCAUAUGACAUUCUAGAUGGAAAACAGAAAAAGGCAAAUAGAUCAGGGGAUGUCAACUUCAGUCUACACUGGAGAUUUUUUUAUGACCCUCCUGAAUUCCAGACAAUCAUUACUGAAGACAGCAAAACACAAUAUCAUAUGGGAUAUUUCAGAGAUGUGCCAGAUGAACUGCCAGUAUGGGUUGGUGAAAAUGAAGCUAAGAAAGGCUGCACAAUUUCUCAGCUUGGUGACAAUGUGUUUGCUGCUGUAAAACUGUUUUUGUUCAAAACACUUAAAGAACUGACUGAUAAAAAGAAAGCUGGCAUUUUGAAAGAUUUGGACGAAAAACUAACCAAAACAGCAAAAGAACUGGGUUAUUCGCUGGAGCAAAAAACCAUGAGGAUGAAACAAAGGGACAAGAAAGUUGUAACAAAGACAUUUAAUGGAGCUGGUAUUGUUGUCCCUGUAGAUAAGAAUGGUGUUGGAUAUAGAGAACUUCCUGAAACAAAUGCUAGUCUCAAGAGAAUCUGUAAAGCCAUUGUAGAUGCACCUAAUGAUGACCAGAGAAUGAAAGCCUUUGCCCCUAUUCAAGAAAUGCUAACUUUUGUUCAGUUUGCCAAUGAUGAAUGUGACUAUGGAAUGGGAUACGAACUAGGUAUAGACCUCUUCUGCUAUGGCUCUCAUUAUUUUCACAAGAUUAUUGGUCAGUUGUUGCCUCUUGCUUACAACUUGCUGAAGAGGAAUCUGUUUGCAGAGAUCAUUGAAAGUCAUUUAGCUAACAGAAAAGAGGAGAAUGUAGACCAACUCACAUCAUGAUUUAUAAUGAUGUUUAAGUAUAGUGAAAUACUAAUGAUGUUUUUUGAUGAUUUAUCUUUUUGGUACUAAAUUGCUGUAAUUUUUAUGUGGUGAAUAAACCUUUUUCUAAGCAAUAUCUAUUGAGGCAAAUAUUUGCCCAAAACAUUCAUUUUUAAUUUUUUUGUUUACUCCCUGCCUUAGCCUUUUUACCAUAGUCUCUCGAGACUGAAGGAUGCCUAUGCUGUGCCUUAGCCUUUACUUCAGAUUCAACACAUUUGUUUUUACACUGUGUUGUCCAGAUCCUGGAGAGAAAAUGUAAAUCUUGUAAAGGGAGAGAACUGCUAGUAUUUCACAGAUAUUUCAAGGGCAAUUGAGUAUGUUCUUGAGUAGUAGUAGGAAGGAAAACACAGACUAAAAUCCUGUUGGUACCAUGUACUGCAAGUAGGCAACUACCUUGUCUGUUGUCAUAUUCUCAUUUUCCUUGACUUAGAGAAACAGUUUAAAAUGUACAGCAACAAGAGGGAAACCACUAUUGGAUUGCCUUGAAAUGUUUUUUCCCAGUAGGAUUCUGGCUACAGUUUGCAGAUGAGUUCUGUACUGUGGACCAGCGGUCCCCAACCUUUAUCAGACAGCAGACCAGUUGGGGGGGCAAGCUCCGUGCACAGGGGCACCCCCGCACUUGGGGGUGGGUGUGUCACACUUGCGGGUGGGGCGUGUUGCACUCGUGUGCAUGCCUGCAAGCGUGACACGCCCACCCACAAGUGCGACACACCCAUCGUGCAUGUGUGCGGUGGGGUGGAGAUGCGUGUCUGCGGCCCAGUUCAAGUAAGCCCACUGACUGGCACUGGGCCGCAGACCAGGGGUUGGGGACCCCUGCUAUAGACAAGAGUAAAUCUCUCCACUGCUGCAAUUAAGAACUCUCACCUGUUAUGCUCAUUUAACAUGUAGAGUUUCCCAAUAAAUGGAGUCAGACAUCCCCACAAAUAACAUAAUCUACAUAAGACUUAUUUCACUCUUAUUGCUUUUAUUGACUUCUAAAUAGCCUGUUACAUAGAGUAUUGCUCACAGGAUAUUUAAUAGUUAUAGAAACAAAUUGGGCUGAAAACUAUGACUGGGAGAUGUGCAUUUCUCAUUAGAAAAGCAGUGUUACAUUUUUUUUUCAAGAGGUCUCUGGGAAGUGAAAGAAAAUAAAUUUUAGUGAAUGGACUUUAGGGUGUUCUACAACCCUGGCGUGCUCUGGUCCAUGGGGUCACGAAGAGUCGGAUACGACUAAACGAAACGAAAAACAAAUUUUAUUGAUUAGAUUUUUAAAAGUAAGGCAUUAAUAUCAUAACAAACUAGAAAAAAGUUUUGCUUUCUACACUGCAAUGUUAAGAUGAAACUGUUAGCAGCCUUUCAUUCGUUAGUUCUCAUUCAGAACUUCAAAAAGCUUGAGAAUUUACAGUAUACUACACUCAAUUGCAUUUACUGCAAGAAAAACCAGCCUGUAUCCAGGGUUAUCUUUCUGCUAGAGAAGUGGACCCUGCUGGAAUAAUGAACUUCUCCAUCAGAUUCGGUCUUGGAGGAUUAGGGGACCAACCCUGCAGAGCUAAUUUAACGAUCAGAAACUCCCAUAUACUGGCUGAAAUCCUACUGCACAGGUCCAGAUGUGCAACAGAAAGGAUAUAAGCAGCAGCGGGUUGCAUGCAAAUUGUACACGAUGCAGCAAAUUUGUGUCCGUGCUAAAAAUCAUCAAAGCUUUUAAUCAAUGUGAUUAGCUGCUGAAAAUAUUAUUCCAAUUGCACAUAUGGAGCUGUGCAACAGGAGUUCAAUAUCUAUAUGGAAAUAUGCAUGUGUAAUAAUGGAUUAAGCUGAUAUAAAGAAACACCGGUUUUGAAAAUCAGUUAGCGAAAGAUUAAUCUUCCUAAUGUUAGGGAAAGAAAUACACAACCAGGUAGGAAAAGAGGUAACACUGCAUUGACUUCUGAGUUCAAGUAGUUUUGCUUCAUUUUUGUAAUAAUUAAAAUUCCAAAAAAUGAGAGAGAAUGAACAUGGGUCAUUAACAGGCAUGCUCUAAAAUCUAUUUAAGCUGGGAUAUCUAGUUGACAAUAAUCUAAGACCUGUCUGCCACUUAAAAACAGAAGUGCAAACGUAGACCUGCUUUACACUUUGAGUGGUAUAGCUACUUCUGCCCCUUGCCAUCCUCAGUAAGUGGUUAUACAUUGCCUAAUCACUUGAAAUAUACUUGAAA